AAUAUAUGACAGCACUCCCGCUAGUAACAGAGCGCAUUCCAGAUGUUACUGCGGGGGCUAGGCCUCGCUCUGCUGUGCUCCGUGGGGGGCUCCCUGCUUCCACGGGCCAGCGGCGAAGAGGAUCGGAACGUAACCGAUUGCGACCCGCGACAUUCUAAUGUCUCCCUUUAUGACUUCACGUUCAAAGAUGUCACCCACGAGAGUGAAAUAGCGCUCAGAAAAUAUCAAGAUCACGUGGUCCUGCUUGUCAACAUAGCCACAUACUGAGGCUUGACCUGGAGGUCGUACGAACAACUGAAUGCACUUCAAGAACAGUUCGGCCACAGAAAUUUCACUGUCCUGGCGUUCCCUUGCAACCAGUUUGGCAUGCAAGAACCCGGCAAAGGCAAGGAGAUUCUGGAUGGUAUCAAGUACGUUCGUCCGGGAAGCGGCUUCACCCCCCUCUUCCCCUUACUCGAGAAGGUAGAAGUGAACGGAGAAAAUCAGCACCCUCUCUUUCAUUUCCUGAAGAGCCGUUGCCCUUCGCCACGACAAGGUUUCGCCAAGAAGGACAGACUCUUCUACAGCCCGCAGCACUGCAACGACAUCCGCUGGAACUUCGAGAAAUUUCUCAUCGGAGUUGACGGAAGACCAGUGAAGCGCUACCACGCUAACUUCCUGCCGGCUGGCGCCACCGACGACAUCGAGCGGUUGCUUACAUCUUCCGGAUACUAACCGUAUCGCUUAUAAUUGCAUUUCACAUAUUCGGUCUGUGAACACGCACGUUACACACGAAGACCCGCAUGUCGUUCCUGAUCUUGUUUCUAAGUGACCCGCCAAUAACCCAUUAUGACGAGCUGUUGCGAAAGCCUUGGCAGUAGCAGUUCCGAUGUGAGAUGCAAUGCGCAGUUAUACCGCUGUCGUCCUCUUGUGCAUUCGGGACGGCGGAACGGAAACGGUGCAGAUGUUUCUCGGUUAGUGGCGCCACCGAAGUGACAUUUCGAUAACGCUAUAUGUUGGGUCUUCGUUGCACCGUGCAAUCAGUUUAAAGAGAGACUCCGGGACAAUACGAAACUAUUAUGGUGGCUUUGUAAGUAAGUUCGAUACAUUCUUCGGAUAUGAGAAAUAAAGUUUGUUUGGCA